AUGCUGCUCGACUGGCUGGUCGGCACGGUCGGUGAGGACGAAGAGGUGAUCAGGGCAUCAAAGGUGUGUCGCGUUGUCAUUGCCGGUAACUCGAUAGCCAAGGAGCUGCAGAACCGGUCGUACGGCCAGGUAGCUCGCUACCUCUCCCGUAAGGUGGCGAUUCCAAGCGUGGAGGCUGUACGCAACUUGGACCAGUUUUUAGCCAAGUUAGCGAAAUUUGUCAAUAUUGAUCUUAUGCCUGGCGAAUUCGAUCCUGUAAAUCAUAUGCUUCCGCAGCAACCGAUGAAUGUGCGUAUUUUUCCAAACGUCGGACCGAUGUCCACUUUCCAUCCGGUGACCAACCCGUAUAGUGCUACUAUUGACGGAGUGAAGUUUUUGGGUACGUCCGGGCAGAAUAUUGACGACGUGUACAGAUUCAGCAGCAUAGAAAACCGGCUUGAGAUUCUUGCUUCUACUUUAUCGUGGGGACACAUGUGUCCCACAGCCCCUGAUACCUUAGAUUGCUUUCCAUUCUAUGACCGGGAUCCGUUUAUCAUUGAACAGAGUCCUCACGUCUAUUUUUGCGGCAAUCAGCCAGAAUUUUCGUCCAAAAGAGUUAACCUGGGGUCCGGACCUAAAACGACCUUAGUGACCGUCCCCAGCUUCAGCGAAACUGGCAUUUUCGUACUGAUGAACGUGAAAGAUCUUACCGUAGAACCUGUCAUUCUCAGUACCGACUUCACUGCAUCCAUAGGCAACGAUUUCGACAUCGCCGUCAACAAAUAA